AUUACUCAUCAGCACACCAUGAAUAACUAGUCAAACUGGCUGCAGAGCCAAGACAAACAACCCAACAACAAUGUAAAGAAGGUGGUUCUGAAAGAUCAAAUCUUGCUCCUUUCUCUCAACGUGAAGAAACCCAAUGUCCGUCCUCUUCUUAAUCAUCAAUAUCUUGUUCCUAACCCUAACUUCAACCUCUAUCGCCCAACACCAGAACGGCAUUGCAUCAUGUCCUCUGGAUUUCUCAAUACUGAACAAAUUUGGGGUCGAAUCGAGUAGGUCCGAUGUGGAUUUGUCAAUGGAGUGCCAGUACAUCCGUCAAGGACUCCGACUCGUCCAGUCCCAUUACCUCCAACUCAACGGCUCGUUCCUUCCCCCACUCGAGUCGGCUGAGUCGUGCUGGAUCGCUUACCAGUCCCUCAUCAAGCAAUAUCGUCCCAAUCUCGAUAUCCGCAAGUCAUGUGGAUUCCAGACAUCGUGGAUUUCACAGGGAUGUAUGAACAUCACUACUAAGACCCAAUUCGAAUCCAUAAUCCCGAACACCACGUUAGACGACGUCGUUGCGAAUUGUAACCACUCGUUGGAGAACAACGCCCCUUGUGCGUCUUGUACUACGAGCAUGUCCAGGCUGCAGGUGUACUUGAUGGGGCCUUCGGUGGGGAACGUGUCGGAUUGCACGGCGUAUCCGUCUAUUUAUGCGGCGGCGUUUGCUAAUCAUUUCGGGCCAACUGACAGAGGUACCGCCGAGUGUUUGUUUUUUUUAGAUUUGACUUCAGAGAACUCCGGUAAGGAGAAGAAACGAAAUGUUGUGAUUUUGGUUGUUUUGAUUGGGUCUGGAAUUGGGUUAUUGGCUAUUGUUGUUGGGGCUUGGUUUUUAUGCCAUCGACAUGAGAGAUUGGAGAAGAAAGAAAAGGAAGACGAGCUUAGGAGAGCUGAAAAGGGUUUGGCUUCCGCGUUGGAGUCAUUUCGUGAGAGUACUACUCUGGUUAAGUUCCCAAUUGAGGGAGUCAAGAAGGCAACAGGGAACUUCUCUCGUGAAAACUUAAUUGGGAGAGGAGGUUAUGGGAAUGUGUACAAAGGUGUUUUGCCUGAUGGUUCUGAGGUUGCAUUCAAGAGGUUUAACAAUUGUUCUGCUAUAGGGGAGGCGAACUUUGCGCAUGAAGUGGAGGUUAUUGCAAGUGUGAGGCAUGUGAAUCUUGUUGCUUUGAGAGGAUAUUGCAUUGGUACUACUUCUUUUGAGGGUCAUCAGAGGAUAAUUGUGUGUGAUUUGAUGAAGAAUGGGAGUCUCCAUGACCAUCUGUUUGGGGAUACAGAAAUGAAACUUAGUUGGCCAAUUCGGCAAAAGAUUGCGCUGGGGACAGCAAGGGGACUGGCUUAUUUGCAUUCCGGUGCUCAACCAGGUAUCAUUCAUAGGGAUAUUAAGGGCAGUAAUAUACUUCUGGAUGAGAAGUUUGAGCCCAAGGUGGCAGAUUUUGGGCUUGCGAAGUUUACGCAUGAGGGAAUGACGCAUUUGAGCACUAGGGUUGCUGGGACAAUGGGCUAUGUUGCUCCUGAGUAUGCAUUGUAUGGGCAAUUAACAGAGAGAAGCGAUGUAUAUAGCUUUGGCGUUGUGCUUCUUGAGCUUCUGAGUGGAAAGAAGGCACUCCUUAUGACUAGUGAGAACCAACCCUCUCUAGUUACUGAUUGGGCAUGGUCAUUGGUGAAGAAAGGGAGAGCCUUGGAUGUCAUUGAAGAGGGUAUGCCAGAGUUGGGCACACCGGAGGUCCUGGAGAAGUAUGUAGUGGUCGCAGUUCUUUGUUCUCAUCCGCAAUUAUAUGCUAGGCCGACAAUGGAUCAGGUGGUGAAGAUGUUGGAAACGGACGCAUCAGUUCCCUCAAUCCCUGAAAGGCCAAUUCCUCUUGUAUCUGAGAUGGAUGAUAUCGAGAGAUCUGUGAGCAGUAGCGGCUCUGGUCAUCUUGCGACCUCUUCUGGCUACCAGCCAUUUACAUUUGAGAGUGACUUUCCUUCUAGCCAUAACGAAGAUGGGUAACAUCUGGAUUCUGUAAGGAUAGAAUAGUGGCCAUCUACUUGGUUUGAUCCAAGAAAAUAUUUGAACUCUCAAAUGCUGCUUCCUUAGGUUCGUCUGCUCAGGAUGAUUGAUUUAUUGAUUUAGAUUGCAUGGUUCCUCAUUCUGUAAUCAUUUGUUGAUUCUUUAAACAGCUGUAAAAUCAUACUUGAUAGUUGAUUCUUUAAGAAAGUGAUAGAGCACUGCAAUACAGUUUUCCAUCCAAUAUGUCUUUCAUACCGCAACCGGUACUCUUGUAUUACUUCUGUUGAUAUUGCAAUUAUAGCUUGUCUUGGAUAAAGGCGUAUUUGAGAACAUUGCCUAGAAUGCAAGUCUAAGUUUCGGCAGUGACUGGUUUUGUUGAAGUAAGAUGUUGGUGGUUAUAUAAAUUUACUUACACAGGGCGUUUGCUGAUAAAUACAUCAACUAGCAGUGUUGGUGUGAGCUCCAUCCAUCAGGUAAGGAUUAAUGGAGUUGCUCGCAUGCUGAUAAUGGAUUAAUAUGUCUUCAGAAGAGAGCUGUAUAGCAGCUACUCAUUUUCAAAAGCACCCAAGAUUACGGCUUGCCACUGUAUGCAUGCGUGACUCCGACUCGUGGGAUUGAUGAAAUGAAGCUUCCCAGCUUGAUUCGUUACUUGUUUGGGUUGGCUUAUUCGCAAAGUGGAGCAUGAACUGCUUUUAUGUACAGGUACAUUCAAUCUAGUAGUGUCAUGCUAGUUAUGUUUGGGGACCUUUUCAAACCAUUCUAACCGAUAAAUGACUAAAUAUUGUGCAGAGUAUGUUUUGCAUAGCAGUUGGUGUUUUAUAAUUGCAGAGCAUUUGGUUGGAGAGAGCACUAACAGCAGUUUAUGAGAGCUCUAUUUCUUCAUUGCAAUGUUACUUUGGUCUUCAACAAUGCAAGGAAUUGGCAUCUGUGAGAGCAAGACCCAAGUUCAUCUUUCAUGACCCAAUAAAAGGACAAGUCUCUCUUAACACUAUACUAGGUGAUGAUCAGAAGUCCCUUUUGAAGAAAGCACUGAGUAUGACCCUGGAACAAACUGGUAUGGUGAGUUUGGGGAUGCCACUAUGUAAUCCACUCUUGUCCCAUACUUACAUGUCCCUUGCACACCUGCAUCA